UACAUCGAGUCGCUCGGGCCGACGGGGUACGCGUUGUUUUUGAUGGGAUACGUCGCGCUGGAAGUCUUGGCGGUGCCGGCGUUUCCGCUCACCAUGUCCGCUGGAGCGUUGUUCGGCACGUACUCGGGCACGUUGCUCGUGACGACGGCGGCGACGAUCGCGGCGGCUAUCGCUUUUUUGAUUUCCAGAUACGUCGCGCGCGACAAGGUGAUGAGCCUGGCGGAAAAAUAUCCCAAGUUCAAGGCGAUCGAUAAGGCGAUCGGAGAGGACAGUUUGCGCGUCGUCGCCAUCAUGCGUCUUUCACCGCUGAUGCCGUUCGCUCUGAGCAACUAUCUCUACGGCUUGACGUCGGUGAAGUUCAGGUCUUACGUCGUCGGUUCCUUUUUCGGAAUGAUGCCUGGAACGUUUGCGUACGUAUCCGCGGGCACGGCCACGAGACAGGUCGCC